UACUCCUUUGUAUUACAAUUCCACUUUCAGCCUUUUAGAAUGAAGACGGCCAUCAGUCUUUCUUUGUUGUUGGUGCUUGCAUUUACUCUGACAGACGGAAGAUGGUGUGUUGGAUGGGGCAGGAAUGGGGGGAAGACGACCCAAAGAUUGCCCUGUCAUUACAUUGCUUUUGAUACAAACAAAGAUGGUAAAAUCACGAAGACAGAGUUCCAGAAAGUCGUGGCCACUUAUGGACGAGAAGGAACCGCUGUCGUCUUUUCCAUCUUGGAUACCAAUGAUGAUGACGUAAUAGAGGAGAAGGAAUUUUACCAAAACGCUAAACGUCUGGUGAAAAUUCAUCUGAUGGCCUCUUGUCAGGAAGGUAGAGCUAGGAAGUGGGGCUGGAACUGGGGCUGGAGCUCUAGUAAAAUUAUGCAGAGUGCGGCGUCUUUACAAGAAGAAAUUGUAAAGAACGAAGCUACGAACAGUGAAAACAUAUAGUUUUCUAGAAGUUAAAGAG